ACUCCAAUCUCUGCUCCUUUAUUAAUACUGUAAACCGCCCCAUUCUUGGUAAGAUCGAAUUCAAUAAAACACACAAGCUAAGUACGACUACUUAAAUAAAUGGUGCUCUCCGCCGCCGUCACCGUAGUACUACUACUGCUGCUGCCUCUCAUCACCUUGAUGACUGGCGCUGCAGCCAAAGUCCCGGCGGUGAUAGUGUUCGGCGACUCCUCCGUGGACACCGGCAACAACAACCGCAUCUCCACGCUCCUCAAGAGCAACUUCGAGCCCUACGGCCGCGACUUCAUCGGCAAGCGCCCCACCGGGAGGUUCUCCAACGGUCGGGUCCCGUCGGACUUGAUAUCCGAGGGUCUCGGCCUCCGCCCUUUCGUCCCAGCCUACCUCGACCCCGCUUACAAUAUUUCCGACUUCGCAGCUGGCGUCUGCUUUGCCUCCGCCGGCACUGGCUAUGACAAUGCUACCUCCGCCGUCCUAAACGUGAUACCAUUGUGGAAGGAAGUGGAGAACUACAAAGAGUAUCAGAAGAAAUUGCGGGCAUAUGCGGGAGGGAGAAGGGCGAGGUACGUGAUCCAGGAGUCGCUGUAUGUGGUGAGCAUGGGAACCAACGACUUCCUGGAGAACUACUACAUGCCCGGGAGCCGGAGGGGGAAGCAGUUCACGGUGGAGCAGUUCCAGGGCUUCAUCCUCGGGAUCGCCGAGAAGUUCGUGAGGGAAAUCUAUGGGCUGGGAGCGAGGAAGAUAGCCCUGGGAGGGCUCCCUCCCAUGGGCUGUCUCCCCCUGGAGCGAACCACCAGUUUCCUGGGCGGCUUUGGCAAUGUCUGCAACCAAAAGUACAACACCCUGGCUGCGCGUUUCAACACCCUUUUGAAUGUCAUGAUGAGUAAGCUCAACCGGGAGCUUCCCGGACUCCGCCUUGUUUACUCCGACGCCUACACCGUUUUGCUUCAGAUCAUCACAAAACCUUCCUCAUAUGGGUUUGACGUGGCAUCAGUCGCUUGUUGCGGCACAGGGCUUUUCGAGAUGAGCUACCUGUGUGACCGGAUGAACCCGUUCACAUGUACGGAUGCGAAUAAGUACGUCUUCUGGGAUUCCUUCCAUCUCACCGAGAAAACCAACCGGAUCAUUGUUGACUACCUGAUGAAAAACACCCUGCGCCAAUUUCUCUAGUCAAUCUGCCCAGCCGUAGUAAUUAAUUAUAAAUUAUACACGUACAGAUAUUGAUUAUUUUUGUCCUUUGUUAUACGUAGUAUAAUAAUAAUACGGAGUAUAUGAUAUGCAUUACACACACCUUAAUUAAUUAUGUUGGUUGGACGUACUCCGUACUUAAAUUAUUAGGUGUUGUGCAAUUAAUUACGUCGUAAUAAUACAUGUGCGUGCUAGCGUCUAUCAUACUGGGCGUGUAUGAAAUUUC